UGGUAACGGUACAUCGCUGCAGGAAGCUUUAUACCGUUAUGCCCGCGCAUGGAAAGUAAGGAACUAGAAGUAUGUCUAGAAAUGUUGUCAGUGAAUUUGCUUUAUGAUUAAUCUGUUGUGACUCCAACGGGCACCCGACAAAAUCAUAACAUGCCAGAUUCCUCCUGCUUGGAAUUCUGGAUGAACUUGACAUAGGUGCUACAACAGCUGUAUCAUGCCUUAAUAAUUAUGAAAUUUGGGGUAUUGUGGAGGUAUAAUUUGACAACUCCCUACUUGCUCAAGACUUGAGUAUUACAUUUAGAUGACAUUUUAUAAUUAUAUAUAAUUCUUGGAAUAUAGCGAAGGAAUAUUGUUUGAAGUUUAGGUACCAAUGACGACGGAAUCGUACAACUGUGGCGUUUGCAAGCGUACUUUCAGUCGGAAAUAUAAUUACACUCGUCACUUGACAAUUCACACAAACUGCCAAAUAUUUUCUUGUGAGGCAUGUGGAAAGGAAUUUAAGCACCAAGGGGGUCUUGAGGCACAUGGUAAAAUCCACACAGGGGAGGAUCUCUUCAAAUGUGAUGUGUGUGAUGACAAGUUCAACUACAAAAGUAGCUUACAACAACAUAUGCUUAUUCACAAGGAUGUAAAGGCCUUUGAGUGUGAGUUCUGUAGUAAAUCUUUCCGUAAGAUGGGCACUCUGAGAAGACACAGGACCAUUCACACAGGGGAAAAGAUGUAUUCUUGUAAAAUAUGUGACAAAGGUUUCACCCAGAAGAAUAACUUGACAGUGCAUUUACGUUUACAUUUAGGUUUUUUAUUGCACUCAUGUAAGUUGUGUGGAAAACGGUUCAAGCGGAAGACUGAUCUCAAAGCACACCAUCAAGUUCAUACAGGAGUUCCCAAUUUUUCUUGCAGUAUUUGCAACAAAACCUUCUCACGGAAAUUCACUUUAAAUCAGCAUCAGGCUGCUCAUUCAGUUUCGAAGAUGUUCAGCUGUGAUUUGUGCGGAGAAUUGUUCACAUACCAGAGCACAUUGAUAAGACAUAAAAAAUCAAAAUGUGCGAAGACCUUUUCCUGUCAUUUUUGUAAGAAGAUAUUUACCAGACAGAAUCAUCUCUCAAACCAUCUCAAAGGCCAUACUGAAAAUCUUUACAAAUAUUAUUCCACUCCAGCUGAUGAGUUCUCUGACUCGGACCUGCUUGAAAGCUACUCGUGUUCCCUGUGCCAGAAAAAAGUCAGUCACCUCGACCUCAGCAUGCAUUUCAGGCUCCAUACAGGGGAGCUAGUGCAGUGUGAGGAGUGUGAAGAGGUCUUCUCAGACAACAAAAUGUUUGAGCUGCAUGUACAGACUCAUAAUAUGCAAAGUAUAGUCGAUAUCACCACGAUUAAGUCGGAGCAGUCAUCUGACAGUUAGGGUUAGGCUAACCAGCUUGUCCCUAGACUGCAAGUGGAAAAACUUAUUGUUUUAUUCCUGUCACGUUACACAAUUACGUAGAAAUGAGUUUGAGAAUGAGCUGGAGUUUGUUUAUUCGUUGUGUUGAUUGUAGCACAUCCACUAUUUUUUGUUAAAGUUUCUUACAACAAUAUCAGGGCACAGUUGUAAGUAUGACAUAUAACUGAACUGUGUCCCCCUUUUCUAAUGACUUGUUACAUGAUCAUGAUGAUGUUUGUUUGUUUGUUUGUUGUUUAACGCUGCACUCAGAAAUAUUUCAGCUAUAUGAUGGCUGUCAGUAAAUAAUCAAGUCCAGUGAUAGACAU